AUGGAUGCAGAAAAAGCUAUUAAAGGGACUCAAGCUGUUUUUGACAUCCAUCCCUGCUUGGAAUUGGAUAAUACAAGUUAUGUUUUUACUAACAGCCCAUCCACAGUAUGUGUAUUGGUGUAUAUAUUACUGUGCUUAUUAUCUUUAAUUACAAUAUGUGGAAACCUUCUUGUAAUUAUCUCCAUCCUUUAUUUCAAACAGCUCCACACUCCUACAAACUAUCUUAUUCUGUCUCUGGCUGUGGCUGAUCUGCUUGUUGGGGUUUUAGUUUUUCCUCUCAGCAUGACAUAUACUGUAACUUCAUGUCUGUUUGAUAAAGAUGUAUACUGCAAAAUACGAGAUAGUUUUGAUGUUGCACUGUGCACAUCUUCUAUACUGAAUUUGUGUUGUAUUUCUAUAGACAGAUAUUAUGCAAUUUGUCAUCCUCUGACGUAUAAAACUACAGUAACUGUGAAUGUUGUUAGGAUCAUGAUCCUGGUGAUUUGGAGCAUUGCUUCUUUCAUUGCACUUGGCAUCAUAAUUGGAGGAUUUAGCCAAGGAACAUGUGAAGAAAUGUGCUCUAUUGAUGUUGUACUGUCAAAUGUCAUGGGACUUAUUUUUGCAUUUUACCUCCCAGCAAUCAUAAUGCUGUGUAUCUACUUGAAGAUUUUUCUUGUUGCUCAGAAGCAGGUGAACAGCAUCCAGAGCACAAAGUCUGGAGCAACUGCAAGUAAGAUGGAGAAAAAGGCCACCAAAACUCUUGCAACAGUGAUGGGAAUUUUCCUCUUAUGUAUGUCUCCAUACUCCAUUUGCGUUGUCUUUCAGCCUUUAGCCUCAGUACCCCCAUCAUUUGCUGCAAUUGAAACCCUUAACUGGCUCACACUGUCAAACUCAAUGCUUAACCCAUUCAUUUAUGCUUUCUUUUACAGCUGGUUCAGGUCAGCAUGUAGAAUGAUCUUUUCAGGGAAAAUAUUUAAAGGUGACUGCACUAACACAAAGUUGUUUUGA